AUGUCGAACCAGGCUCUUCUUCGUAUCGGGAGGGAGAUCAGUCAGAUCCAGCAGGGAGCUGACCUCUCCCUGGCCGUGGCUUGCCAGGAAGCAGACAUCCGAAACGUCAAGGCUCUCAUCGUUGGGCCGCCUGGAACACCAUAUGAGUUUGGCUUCUUUGAGUUCUCUAUCAAGUUUACUGAAGACUACCCUGCGCAUCCACCACAUGUCCAGGCUAUGACUACCAACGGCGGAAGAUGCCGUUUCAACCCCAAUAUUUAUGCCUCGGGCAAGGUUUGCGUGACAUGGGAAGGAAGCAGCGGGGAGCAGUGGUCUUCAGCCCAGGGUCUGGAGUCCAUAUUGAUCUCCAUCCAGAGCUUGAUGUCUGCAAAUCCCUACGAAAAUGAACCUGGAUUCGAAAACUCCAAAUCUCCCACCGACCUUAAAGCAAUGGAGAACUAUAUCUCCAAGAUCCGACACGAGAACAUUAGGAUAUCAGUUAUCCAGCACUUGGAAGACUGGCUUGGCAUCCAGCCUGAUGGUACUAUCGUAUCACCUUCCGCGGAUGAAAAGACAGAAGACGAAGAGAUGUUUGGCAGUGAAGAUAGCCAGCCUCCGUUUGAGCCGUUUAAAGACCUCUGCAAACGUCGGUUCCUCUGGUACUAUGAGACGUAUAAGAACACAAUAGCAGAGGCAGAGGCAAAAUGUCCCGCUGGCUCACGUUUCCAGAGAAUGCAAUUUGAAUUCACCGGCAACACGAUGGAUGGCCACUUCAACUAUGCUGAGCUGACUAAGAGACUAGAUACCAUCAAGGACACUCUCAUGAAAGAAACAGAUUCGUGGGCGGAACUAGGCCUGAAAGCCAAAAAGAACGAGACAAGGAUUGCCGUUAACCUGCAACGUCAAUAUGAGCAGAUUGUCGAAGACCUGAAAAACAAACGACAUUUCACUGUCGACAUAUCCCUAGAUGAGGGAAACCCGCUUGUCUGGCUGGUGACUUACUUUGGCCGGCCCAUGACGCAUUUGGACGGUGGUAUCUUUAGAAUUAAGAUCGCCCUCAGCCCUAAUUUCCCAGACGAACAGCCCCGAGUCAUUGUUCAAACCCCUCUAUUCCACCAUCGUAUCUCAAAGGACGGCAUUCUCUGCUAUUUCCCGAAGAAGCUAGAGGAUAUGAAGGCACACGUUGAAGCCAUUGUUGAGGCACUGGAAGAUGAAUCUCCUCCUUAUGAUCCCCGAGCAACCGUUAAUCCGGAAUGCUCCAAGCUCUUCUGGGGCUCUGCAGAGGAUAAGAAAAAAUACAAUCGCAUGCUAAGACGUUCGGUUCAACGCAGCAUAGAGUAA